CCGGGGCGGGGUUUCCUGCCUCUCGCCGGCUUGUCGGGAAGCGGAGCGGGGCUAUCUCAGUCGCCGGAGACGCUGUUGGCAGCUCUCUGAGUUGGGUUCUGUUAGUGGCUGUGGCUUGUGCCCGCUUUUAGCUGCUCUCCUCGCCUCGUUUCUCUUGCGGCUCCGGCCUCGUCAGCGCUCACAGCCCUCGGCGUCGCCACUGGCGCCGCCGCCUGACCCGCAGGCCGCUUUGGGCCGCGGAGCCCAUGAGAGCGCGGGCCCCGCCGCCGCAUUUGCGGCGUAGCUGUAGUCCCGGAACUCCCCCAGCAGGCGCGGGCAUGGCAGCGGCAUGAACGCGGAAUCUCCACUGGAGAGGGAGGAGAAGGCGGCGUUGGAGCCCGAGGCGGGAGCCAUGCUGGAGAAGCGCGCGGGCGCGCGGGCCGCGAGCGGCAUUUCGCUACAAGGCUUUGGCCGACCAAGUGUACACCAUGCUGCUAUUGUCAUCUUCCUUGAAUUCUUUGCAUGGGGCCUAUUGACAACUCCAAUGUUAACUGUUCUGCAUGAAACAUUUCCUCAACACACAUUCCUCAUGAAUGGUCUCAUUCAAGGUGUAAAGGGCCUGCUCUCUUUUCUGAGUGCCCCACUCAUAGGUGCACUGUCUGAUGUGUGGGGAAGGAAGCCUUUUCUCCUCGGCACCGUCUUCUUCACCUGCUUCCCAAUUCCACUGAUGAGGAUCAGUCCAUGGUGGUAUUUUGCAAUGAUUUCCAUGUCUGGAGUCUUCUCAGUCACGUUCUCUGUGAUAUUUGCCUAUGUAGCUGAUGUUACUCAGGAGCAUGAGCGAAGUACUGCUUAUGGAUGGGUCUCAGCCACAUUUGCAGCCAGUCUGGUCAGCAGCCCAGCCAUUGGAGCAUACCUGUCCGCCAGUUAUGGAGACAGCCUUGUUGUGCUGGUGGCCACAGUGGUGGCUCUUCUGGACAUCUGCUUCAUCUUAUUGGCUGUUCCAGAAUCUUUGCCAGAGAAAAUGAGACCUCUUUCCUGGGGAGCUCAGAUUUCUUGGAAACAAGCAGACCCUUUUGCGUCACUGAAGAAGGUUGGAAAAGAUUCUACCGUCUUACUAAUCUGCAUCACCGUUUUUCUUUCAUACCUUCCUGAGGCUGGACAGUAUUCAAGUUUUUUCCUCUAUCUCAGGCAGGUCAUAGGUUUUGGAUCUGUUAAAAUUGCAGCAUUCAUAGCUAUGGUAGGAAUUCUGUCUAUUGUGGCUCAGACGGUCUUUCUUACCAUCUUGAUGAGAUCAUUAGGGAAUAAGAACACCGUUCUCCUUGGUUUGGGUUUUCAGAUGUUCCAGUUAGCCUGGUACGGUUUUGGAUCUCAGGCAUGGAUGAUGUGGGCAGCAGGGACCGUGGCCGCCAUGUCCAGCAUCACAUUUCCAGCAGUCAGUGCCCUCGUCUCUCGGAAUGCAGAGUCAGAUCAGCAAGGAGUUGCCCAGGGUAUCAUAACUGGAAUAAGAGGACUGUGUAAUGGCCUGGGGCCAGCCCUGUAUGGCUUCAUAUUCUACAUGUUCCACGUGGAACUGACUGAGUUGGAACUGGAAUUGAAUUCUAACAAUGCUGCCCUGCAGGGAGCUGUCAUCCCAGGCCCACCAUUUUUAUUUGGGGCAUGUAUAGUUCUUAUGUCUUUUCUGGUUGCCUUAUUCAUCCCGGAAUACAGUAAAGGCAGUGGAAUUCAAAAACAUAGCAACAGCAUCAGCGGCAGCCUGACCAACACAACAGAACGAGGCAGUGAUGAAGACAUUGAGCCACUACUGCAAGACAGCAGCAUCUGGGAGCUCUCUUCCUUCGAGGAACCUGGGAAUCAGUGCACUGAGCUAUAAACUCUACAGAAAUGAGAAUUCUGUAGACUCCAUCUCUGAGAGCCAUGGGGGAGCCACACUACACUGGAGACUUCAUGGUGCUGGAGGGGAGAUACUAGUGGCAUCCUUCAAGGCCGAGUUUGAGAAGUAACCACCUCCAUCCCUUGUCUCCCUCCCCUCCUCCUCCUUUUCCUUUUGUACCAUUCUUUUUCUUUCUGUUUAUAUGUUAGAACAAGUUAAGGUUUGAAACACUUUUCUGCAAAUAAUAUGCAACUCUCAAAGUUAUCUGGAGUCCAUACUUUGAAACUCAGAAAAAGUCAUCUCUGGUAGAAAGGAUGACUUUCCUUUAAUAACUCCAGAGUAAGAGUGACCAUGUCCUUUUCAGUAGAAGGUGCAGGAUUAUAGUACAACUGCCUUCUCUGGCAAAAUUUGAGGUAAAGAAUCCCAUAUUUUCUUCCCUCCUGUUUCUCUGAACUGUGCCCAUUUAGCCCAUAGGUGUUUAUGAGUGGCCACUCCAAGAGUCACUCAGUAUCAGGGAUCUAUUGCCUUUGUUCAAAGGUCAAGCAAAUAACUAGUCUUACUCUCCUUUCCUUCUCUCUACUUUCUAGUCUUGGCUAGAAUGAAAUUCAGCAUAUACACCUCUGGACAGUAAUAAUAUUGAUUAGUGAUAACCUUUACCAGAUGAAGGAAAAUUGUUU